AUGCCUCCUUUUCGCAAACGGCGGGUGGGAACCCAGAUGCUGCAAGCGCUAGAGGUCUUUGCGCGCUCGGUAACGGCCCGUUGUUUGUGGCUGGAAACGCAGAAUGUCAAUUAUCCAGCCAUCGCAUUUUACCGAGCAGCCGGUUUUACGUUCUGCGGUUUUGAUUCGAGCCUCUACGAUCCCCAACGCCUCGCGUCGGAAGAGGUGGCUUUGUUUUUCGCCCGCUCGGUAGGCGUCGCAAGGAGCGGGCAAGCCGAUCCUGUCGAACCCGUCUUUCAGAAAAGGAGUUUCUCUAUGAAAAACACAAACGAUCUGCUGGCAAAGACACCAUGCGAUCAAGUGUCCCUCGCUUUCAGGCUGCGCGCCUGCCAAACACGCUUCCUUUGCAGCGUAUUGCUGCUCACAUCCGUGUUUCUGCUGCCCGGCCUGAUUUCGGGCAGACCCGCUUUCGGCACCGAAGUGGCGCCGAUGACCAUCGAAGAAACCAUCCACGACGCGGGAGCCAUUUUCGUCGGAACUGUGCAGAGCGAACAGACUCACUGGGGCAACGCUUCCCACCGCUGGAUGUACACCGAGUAUACGUUCAAUGUCGAAGAGGCUCCCCUGUCCGACGGCGUCGUCCAAAAGGGCGGUCAGGUGACUAUCUCUUACUGGGGUGGCACGAUUGGAAACCAGACGCAGCGCAUCGCAGACGUAGAAAUUCCUAAAGUGGGUCAGCGCUACGUGAUCAUGCUGCGCCCGGACUGGCAGACGCCCGGCUACACGCCCAUCGUUGGCCUGCACCUGGGACAGUUCCAGGUGCAGGUAGACGCGCAGAGCAAAGCGCAGUACGUCACGGAAUCGGAUGGCAGGCCGCUUUUCACGGCGGCGCAGGCCCCGCAGAUGCUGCGCCAGCGCGACAUCGGCAACAAAGAGGCGACGCCGAGAGUAACGCUCGCCAACUUCACACAGUGGAUUCGCGCCAAUCUCGCCCGCAUCAAGGCGAUGCCCGGAAAACCAAUGCCCCAGGCCGAUCCCAAAGACCCGCGCGUGAUGAAAACCUUCUCGAAAACACCCGAAGCGGAAACAACCGCCCUCGACCCGGCGAGCGAAAUUUUUGGCGAACCGAUUUCCGAACCGCAAACGCCGCCUCAGAACGAUCAGGCGCGCAUUCCAACGGUCACGAAAAACCAGAUCGAAAGCAAACCGACCCGCGAACCCGUUUCCGUGUCGCGAGCCGACCAGAUGGGGCCGAAGCCGUUCUACGUCACCUACGGCUAUACAGACCCGCCGAUUGUCGUCAAUUCCUUCCCGCACAACUGGUAUUGGUAUCCCGAAGAUCAAUACCAGAUGUCGAAGUGGAACUACUACUCCAACGAUCUUUUUCGUGUCUACACGAACCCGACCGGCAACUUUGCCUGGGGUAACGGACGCUUCGACCUCGACGGCUGGCCCGACAAUGCGACGAUGCAGAGCCAGUACGGCUAUACCUGGGGUUCCAAUACGCUAGGGAUUACGUUCGCCAAUUCCAACGGAGGUCACUUCAGCGAAGCGGACAUCGCCCUCAACCCGGCAUUCUCGUGGACGCUGGAUGACGAAUGGUGCUGGGCAAGCGGGCCUGCUCAGUCGUUCCGCGCCACGAUGCUGCAUGAACUCGGACAUAUGUUCGGCCUGGAUCACGACUUCAACUAUUUAUCCAUUAUGAACUACGCGCCGUCGGCGUUCCGCGCCUACGCCAUUCCUUACGCCGACGACGCGGAAGGCGCCCGCGCGCUUUAUCCCGGACGGGCUAUCGGGCGCAGCGAUCUGGCUAUCUACCUGUUUUACUCCGUAGGCUACCAGAAUUGGACUGACGCCAACUAUCCCAGUUCAGUGGAUGCGGGCGCGUACAUGAACAUCAACCACUUCCACAUCGAGAACACUGGAACGGCCACGAUCAACAACCCAUCCAUUCAGUGGUAUCUGACGACGUCGCUCAAUUACAGCGACCCCUACUACUAUCUGGGAACCACCAACUACAACGGCUCGAUUGCGCGCUUCAGCUACUGGGACCCGAACUCACUCAGUCUCAACCUCAGCGUGCCGACGUACGUGCCGGGCGGCAACUACUAUCUGAACGCCUACAUUCCGAACGACGACGGCGCUUCCAACUUCCCGUUCGCCAACAAUUACGGAUGGAGCCGCUUCCAGAUUACAGUCCAGCCUGCGCCGACGCUCUCCAGCAUUACGCCGACUUCAGUAUACGCCGGAUUGAGCAGCUUCUAUCUGGACGUGUAUGGAACGAACUUCCAGCCGGGCGCUGCAAUUCUGUGGAACGGCUCUUACCGCGGCACCACGUAUCUCUCGUCUACGCAUCUCUAUGCCUACAUCUCGGAUAGCGACAUUGCGAACGAGGGCAGCGUCAGCAUCAGCGUCCAGAAUCCCAGCGGCGUCACGACGGGAACAGCAACAUUGACGAUCUACGCGCCUGUUCUCGACUCCAUCAGCCCGGAUUCGGCGCUUACGGGCAGUCAGACUUUCACGAUGGACGUCUACGGAGCAGGAUUUGACUCCUCUGCGGUUGUCAACAUCGGCUCCUUCCUGUACCUGCCGCUGCCUACGACUUACCUCUCUUCGACGCACCUCCAGGCGACGGUAGAUGCGGCAUGGGUGGCUGCGCCCGGUUCCUGGGAGAUAUUCGUGUCGAACCCCAGCGGAGCCUCUACGAACGUGGCUGACCUUUACGUAGACGACCCCUCGGUGGGCGGGACGCUGACUCUGCAAGGCAUUGCUUCUGGCGCAGUGGCGCAGAAUAUCUCGUUCGAGUUCCGCCCGACGGAUGGCAGUGACCCCUUUACCAAAACGGCGUCCGUCGCUCCUGACGGAAACUUCUCACUCGGAUCGGUUCCGGCAAAAGAGUACACGGUUCACGUCAAAGGCGCAAAGUACCUCGCUUCCAACGUCACCAUCAACAUGAUUGGGGAAAACGCUUCUCUGAAUGCGUCGCUGGCGCCGGGCGACGCCAACAACGAUAACGCCUGCGAUACCAUUGACUUUGGAAUUCUGGUUGGAGCCUAUGGCGGUGACGCAAGCAUCGUCGGCAGCGGCUACGAUGCGAAUUGCGACUUUAACGGCGACGGAUUGUCGCGGCGGGAGCAGAAUCCAGAAGGAUUAUGGGCCAAACGCGGCGAACAGAAUCCCUGUGUAAAUUUUCAUGGGAAGUCGAAAAGGGACGCGGAAUUUGAGACGGCUCACUCUCAACCUGCGCCGCGAUUAGCGACUGGAGUCAGGCGUAUUCUCAACGAGGAGACAGCGGGCAAUAUGCUCUCAGGCAAACACUAUCGAAUAACGCUGUUCGCGGCCCUGGCGCUCUGCGGCCUACUGCUCGGUUUCGCUGCGUUCGGACAGGGUGAAAAUCGCCUGCUGAUAAAGCCGGAUUUCGUCCGCGAUAUUCAGCCGAUUUUCAAGGCGCGUUGCUAUGCCUGCCAUGCUGGAACGCAAAAGCAGGGCGGGCUUCGCCUCGACACAAGAGCCUUCGCAAUGCAGGGUGGCGCAGGCGGCAGGGCGUUCGCACCGGGGAGCAGCGUAAAAAGUCUGAUGCUGACGCGCCUCACCGGGCAAGACGGCAAGCCACGAAUGCCGCUGGGCUUCGCGCCGCUUUCAGAAAAGCAGACCGCUCUUAUUCGCGCCUGGGUUGAUGCGGGCGCAGCGUGGCCGGAGUCGGGCCUUGUCAGCAGGCAUUGGGCCUAUAUCCCCCCUUCGCGACCCGCAGUCCCGAAGGUCAAAAACACGGCGUGGGUACGUAAUCCCAUUGACGUCUUCACGCUGGCCCGGAUGGAACGCGUUGGGUUACAGCCGUCGCCGGAAGCCGACAAAAUUACGCUGCUGCGCCGUGUUACCCUGGACCUGACCGGACUGCCUCCCACACCGCAGGAGGUAGACGCCUUCCUCGCCGACCGCUCCCCGACCGCCUAUGAGAAGGUGGUUACCCGACUGCUGAACAGCCCGCAUUAUGGCGAACGCAUGGCGCUGCCCUGGCUCGAUGCGGCCCGUUACGCCGACAGCAAUGGCUUUCAGCAGGACGGCGACACUUAUCAGUAUGUCUGGCGGGACUGGGUGACCCGCGCCCUCAAUGCCAAUAUGCCCUUCAGCCAGUUCACCAUCCUGCAGCUCGCGGGCGAUCUGCUGCCCAACGCUACGCCUGACCAGCAACUCGCCACCGCAUUCAACCGCUGCCAUAUGCUCAACGGCGAGGGCGGAGCCAUUCCCGAAGAGCAGCGUCAUGUCAUCUUGUUCGACCGUGUGGAUGUGACAGCAACGGUCUGGCUCGGCGCGACGAUGGCCUGCGCACAGUGCCACGACCAUAAAUACGACCCGAUCACGCAGCGCGACUACUACUCCUUCAUGGCCUUUUUCAACAACGCGCCGGAGAGCGGGACGCCGCCGGGCGGAGGGCAGUACCGCAUCGCCGAUCCCUGGAUAUUCGUCGGCAGCGAGGCGGAAACCGCGAAACUCAAGGCGUUUGAAGCGCAGGUCGUCACGGCGCAGGACGAGACCGGAAACUACGAGCGCGAACACGAGGCCGAAAUACAGAGCGCGCAGGCCCUCUGGGAGGCUGAUAGCCUGAAAAAUAACAGCGCUAUCCUCCGUUUCGAUGCCGCCUACGACACCGCCUUUGAGGCGGAAAAACAGGUUGAUCUGGCAAAAACCUAUCUCGACGGUAAACUGAAAUGGGUUGCGCAUCCCGAAUGGGAGGAUGGCAAACCCUAUGUUCUGAACGGCGAGAAUACGGCGACUUACCUCACGCGCAUCCUUCAUUCCGACCGCGAAACGCUGCUCACGCUUUCGCUUGGCAGCGACGAUGCCAUCAAGGUCUGGCUGAACGGCGAAUCCGCGCUGGCCAACAAGGUAACGCGGGCCGUUGCGCCGGAUCAGGAACGGGUAACGGUUCGUCUGCAUUCCGGCGAAAAUUGCCUGCUGAUAAAGAUUGUGAACGGCGGUGGGAUCGGCGGGUUCUAUUUCAAGGCCGUUGGGGCCGGAUUACCGGAGAACGUGCUUGCCAUCAUGAAAACCCGGCCUGAAAUGCGCUCCGAAGGGGCAGCGAAACAACUGCGGGCCUACUUUCUUGCCAACGCGCCGCCCGCCGCGUUCAAGGCCCUGCGGGAGAAGCAGAAAUUGCUGGAAAUAGAGCGCGACAACUACCGCGUGACCCUGCCGAAGGUGAUGGUCAUGUCGGACGCCAUGCCGCGCAAAACGCACCUUUUGCAGCGCGGCAACUAUGAGAUGACAGGGGAAGAGACGCCGCCUGCCACGCCCGCCUUCCUGCCGCCGAUGCCGCAGGGCGCGCCCCGAAAUCGGCUUGGCCUCGCGCAGUGGCUGAUGCGCCCCGAUAACCCGCUCACGGCGCGGGUGCAGGUCAACCGCUACUGGCAACUGUUUUUCGGCGUAGGACUGGUGAAAACGUCGGAAAAUAUGGGGACGCAGAGCGACCCACCGACCCACCCGCUGCUGCUUGACUGGCUUGCGGCGGAGUUCCGAGAAAGCGGCUGGAACGUCAAACGGAUGCACCGCCUGAUAGUGACAAGCGCUACCUAUCGGCAGAGUUCUAAAGUCACUCCAUCGCUACUUUUGCGCGAUCCGGAAAACCGCCUGCUGGCGCGGGGAGCGCGGUUCCGUUUGCCCUCGCUUCUGCUGCGCGACGUCGCGCUGGCGGCAAGCGGUCUGCUUGACCGGCGCAUCGGGGGCAAACCUGUCUAUCCCUAUCAGCCGAAAGACAUCUGGGACGGCCUUUCGAUCACCAAAGAGCGCGACUUCACGUAUCCUCAAUCCACAGGGAGCGACCUCUACCGCCGCAGCCUCUACACUUUCUGGCGGCGCACCGUCGCGCCUUCUAAUAUGUUUGAUGCCUCGUUUUUUGGAAGCGCCGCCACCAGUGUUGGGAUUGCCGCGCUGGCGGGUCUGUUGCAGCAGGAAGGUUUCGCCGCCGAAACGAAAACAGCGUCGAAUAUGCCGCCGUUGCCCGGUCUGCCGCACUUUGCGCCGAAAGCGAAGCGGGUUAUUGUGCUCUGGCAGGGCGGCGCGCCAUCCCAUGUAGACUUGUUCGACUACAAACCUGGCUUGUUCGAGAAGCGCGGACAGCAGGUUCCCGAUUCUGUGCGGGCCGGAGCGCGGCUCUCUACGAUGACCGCAGGACAGAAAAACCACCCGGUUCUGCCGCCAAUCAAGCCAUUCAAGCAGUACGGCAAAUCCGGGAUGUGGCUUUCUGAGAUGCUGCCCCACAUUGGUUCCAUUGCUGACGACAUCUGUCUUGUCAAGACGAUGCGCACUGACUCGGUCAACCACGCGCCCGGCGUCGCCUUCUUCCUUACCGGCAGUCAGACCCCGGGGCGACCGAGCAUGGGCGCAUGGGCGACCUAUGGAUUAGGCAGCAUCGCCAGCGACCUGCCCGCCUUCUGCGUGAUGACUUCGACCGACGUAGGCCGGACGUGCGGACAACUUUUCUACGACUACUACUGGGGCAGCGGGUUCCUGCCUUCUGAAGUAUCAGGGCGUCCGCUUCCGAGACCAGCGUUCCGGAACUACUGGACAUUUCAGAAAGAGCCGCCGCAUAUCCUCGAAAUGUACGGGCCGGAUGUUCAGCGCAAAGGCUCUUACGCUCGCAACUGCCUGCUGGCGCGUCGGCUGAUCGAGCGCGGCGUCCGUUUCGUGCAGUUGAUGCACUCCGGCUGGGAUCAGCACAGCAACCUCAGCACUCAGUUGGAAGCGCAGUGCCGCGAUACCGAUCAGCCCUCCGCCGCGCUGGUUGCCGACCUGAAACAGCGCGGCCUGCUCGACGAUACAAUAGUACUCUGGGGCGGCGAGUUCGGGCGCACUGUCUUCGUGCAGGGUGACAUCAACAAUCCGAGUGGACAUGGGCGCGAUCAUCUUGGCUCCUGUUACAGUAUGUGGCUGGCCGGAGGGGGCUUCAAGGGCGGAAUGACUUACGGUGAAACCGAUGACUACUGCUACAACGUCGCGAAAGACCCGGUUCACAUUCAUGAUUUGCAGGCCACCCUCCUGCGCCAGUUGGGAAUUGACCACACCCGGCUGACCUAUCGUUAUCAGGGCCGCGAUUUCCGCCUGACCGAUGUUUUCGGCAGCGUCGUGAAACCGCUGAUUGCCUGA